AAAUACAACUUGGGGGUCUCCUGACUUUACAGUCUGAAGUAAAAAUGCGUGAAAUUGUGCACAUUCAGAUCGGCCAGUGUGGCAACCAGAUUGGAGCCAAGUUCUGGGAAGUUAUAGGUGAUGAGCACGGAAUAGACACCAAUGGAAACUAUCACGGAGAUUCUGCCCUGCAGCUCGAGAGGAUCAACGUCUAUUACAACGAAGCCUACUCCAAGAAGUAUGUGCCUCGGGCAGUCUUAGUGGAUCUGGAACCUGGAACAAUGGACAGCCUCCGGUCUAGCAAAAUGGGAACGCUCUUUCAACCCGACAGCUUUAUCCACGGUAACUCGGGAGCCGGCAACAACUGGGCAAAGGGCCAUUAUACUGAAGGGGCGGAACUGAUUGAAAACGUGAUGGACGUGGUCCGCAGCGAGAGUGAGAGCUGUGACUGCCUGCAGGGAUUUCAGAUAGUCCAUUCUCUGGGUGGAGGGACGGGAUCGGGUAUGGGCACUCUCCUCAUGAGCAAAAUUAGAGAGGAGUAUCCAGACCGCAUUCUGAACUCCUUCAGCAUCAUGCCUUCCCCCAAGGUUUCCGACACAGUGGUAGAACCAUAUAAUGCUGUGCUUUCCAUCCAUCAGCUCAUUGAGAACUCUGAUGCCUGCUUUUGUAUCGAUAAUGAAGCGCUCUAUGAUAUAUGCUUUAGAACCUUAAAGCUGACGACACCCACCUAUGGAGAUCUAAACCACUUAGUGUCUUUGACCAUGAGUGGCAUCACCACCUCUCUGAGGUUUCCUGGUCAACUCAACGCCGACCUGAGGAAACUGGCCGUGAACAUGGUUCCUUUCCCCCGCCUGCACUUCUUCAUGCCUGGCUUUGCCCCACUCACAUCCCGAGGCAGUCAGCAGUACAAAGCUCUCUCUGUCUCAGAGCUCACUCAGCAAAUGUUCGACGCGCGCAACAUGAUGGCCGCUUGCGACCCUCGCCGGGGUCGCUACCUGACGGUGGCCUGCAUCUUCCGGGGCAAGAUGUCAACCAGGGAAGUGGAUGAACAGCUCCUGGCCGUGCAGACCAGAAACAGUAGCUACUUUGUGGAGUGGAUCCCCAACAACGUCAAGGUGGCCGUGUGUGACAUACCUCCACGGGGGCUCAAUAUGGCCGCCACCUUCAUAGGCAACAACACUGCUAUCCAGGAGCUCUUCACUAGGGUUUCUGAUCAGUUUUCAGCUAUGUUCAAAAGGAAAGCUUUCAUCCACUGGUACACUGGGGAAGGGAUGGAUAUAAAUGAGUUUGUAGAAGCUGAAAGUAACACCCACGACUUGGUUUCUGAAUAUCAACAGUACCAGGAAGCCAAAGUGGAUCUAGAGGAAUAUGAAGAGAUAGAGGGAGAAGUGGUAGUGGAACCAGAAGAGGAGAAACAACAGUAAACAUUAGCAUUUAGGGUGAAUCGCAUUAACAAAAGGUGAAGGCAUUCACCUGUAGGUGAUUUACCUCUAAUUUUUUUUCCUCUCUGCCAACUCAAAGCCUUCCCUACCUCGCAGUACAAUGAAUCGCUGAAAUGAAUAUUCUAAUCUUCCUCUAUAUGUGGCAUCAAAGGAGAUAAGAGGGUGAAAAUGGGAAGGUUUUUGAAAAAACAUUGUUUGUAAUAUUAUAUGGGCUUUGCAUGGAACUUGCUAACUUUAAGAGCUUCUAUUGGAAUAGCUUGGAUUAGUAUUUGGGUGUCUAGUGCAGCGUUGAAUAAUGCCAUACUGUUAGGGGCAUGGGUUUGCAAGAAGUCCC